UAGUCCCAGUGGCAGCGUGUUCCAGACUCCUCUGUGAAAAAGAAACUUGCCUGUCACAUCUCCCUUGAACUUGCACCGCUCUCAGAACUUUACAUGUUGUUGGUCCGCUCUCUUUCCCAAAGGAAAUUGAGUCAUUGCAUUGAGGUUUUUGAUGGACAAAAGGAGGCCACCCAGCAGUUUCUAGAAGAGAUCAACAAGUGGACAACGCAACAUGGUGUCUCUCCCCUGUCCUGGAACGCAGCAGUCAAAUUUCUAAUGGCCAGAAAAUUUGACGUUUACCGUGCCAUUGAACUAUUCCACUCAUACCGGGAUACAAGGUUGAAAGAAGGGAUUGUGAAGUUGAAACCACAUGAAGAGCCUCUUAGGUCUGAACUGCUGAGUGGCAAAUUCACCAUCUUGAAUGUUCGGGAUCCAUCAGGAGCAUCCAUUGCCCUCUUCACUGCCAAGUUACAUCAACCUAAUAAAACUCUGCAACAUGUGGUAUUGCAAGCCUUGUUCUAUUUACUUGAUCAAGCUAUUGAAAGUUUUGAAACUCAAAGAAAUGGGCUGGUCUUCAUUUAUGAUAUGGCUGGUUCUGCAUACACCAACUUUGAAUAUGACCUAAGUAAGAAAAUUCUUCACCUUUUGAAGGGCGCUUUUCCUGCUCGUUUGAAAAAAGUAUUCAUUGUUGGUGCACCUGUCUGGUUUCGAUUCCCAUAUUCUGUUCUAAGCUUGAUUCUUAAAGAAAAGCUUCGGGAAAGAGUGCAAAUGGUAAAGACACACGAGUUGAAACAACAUCUGCCCAGGGACUGCCUGCCCGAGCAUUUGGGCGGGGCAAUGAAACUAGACCAUUCCAGCUGGAACAAACAGUUUUUAACCUCUCCAAAUGGCCGCACUGACUCACUGGACGAGCUCAUCACAGGUUUCCCGCGGGAUGAAGUGUCCAUACAUGUGCCAGGACUGGAAGGAAUGACGGUGGAAGAACUGUUGGACCACGUCAAUACUGUUCAGAAAAGGGGAAUCUAUGAGGAAUACGAGGACAUCCGACGAGAGACCCCGCCAGGCACAUUCAACUGUUCAUUACAGCCCUAUAACCAGCAGAAGAAUCGAUAUGGGGAUGUGUUGUGCUUGGACCAAACUAGAGUGAAGUUGAAAUCCCUCAAUCAUGAUGAGAGGACAGAUUACAUCAAUGCCAGUUUCAUGGAUGGUUAUAAGCAAAAGAAUGCCUACAUUGGCACACAGGGACCUUUAGAAAAGACUUACAAUGAUUUCUGGAGAAUGGUAUGGGAACAACAUGUCCUUGUUAUUGUCAUGACCACAAGAAUUGACGAGAGUGGCAGGAAAAAAUGUGGUCAAUACUGGCCUCUGGACCAGAACACUCGGGGAAACUAUGGACUGAUUUCUGUCAAAAGCCUGGCAGUAGAAAGCUUUAAACAUUAUAACAAAACAACACUAGAGAUUCAGAAUGUAGAGUCCCAUGAGAGACGCCAGGUGAUCCACUUCCAGUACCUGAGCUGGCCAGAUUAUGGAGUCCCGUCUUCAGCGACAGCUCUCAUUGACUUUCGGUCAGCUGUCCGACAGCAGCAAGGUCUUUCUAUCCAAAGCCUGGGUAACCGGUGGAAGGGACACCCUGGAGGACCACCCAUUGUUGUCCACUGCAGUGCUGGCAUUGGGAGAACUGGCACUCUGUGCACUUUGGAUAUAUGCCUUUCUCAGCUGGAAGAUGUGGGUACUCUCAACAUAUACCAAACCGUCCGAAGGAUGCGAACGCAACGAGCCUUCAGCAUCCAGACUCCUGACCAGUACUACUUCUGUUACACAGCAAUUAUCGAGCAUGCUCAGAGGAAAAACCUACUGUCAGCCAAUCAUUAACGAGAGAAUCUCCUCCUCCCCUCUCCCCAACAUAGAUUAUAUACCACUUCUGCACACAUGCAGAUGAGCUCUACUAAUAUACUCCUCGUACAUCUGUAGACGUCCACCUUUUGUGAUUGUACAAGAUCCUAGAAUUAGUACUAGCCUUAACUACUUGGAUAGAACUUAUUUUACAAUGGUUUAAUGCCAUCGUACCAGUAGCCAUCUUCAUGGAGCAUAUAGACAUUUCCUGAAGAAAAUAUGUUACAAUUCACUUAUUCCAAUAAUGUAGCAUUAGAAAUAAAAUCUACGGUACAGGAGACAUGAGUGGUCAAUGAUAAAUGAAGGCGAUCAUUUUUGCAAAGACUGAAACCACAACCUUUAGACACCAUGUGGCUGGAAAUUGAAGUUCUGUAACGUGUCGUCUGUGGACCAGACUUCCUCCUUUUUCUGAAAAAGAAACUUGUUAAUGACAUACAAAAAGAAAAUAACAACAAAAAAAUUACCUCAAGCAUCAUCUGAGGGAUAGCAGAAAGCACCAAGUUGUACUUCUGUUACCUCGGGCCAUGAUUAACAUUGGGAGCGCCAGACGGACUCUUGACCCUGGAGGCAGUUCUCGUGUCAGUCUCAUUGACAAAGACAAGCUGGGGAAUGAAAUGUCAUCAGCCGAGCUGUGUAUUUGUCACUGAUGUCCGUGCCUGUGAGAUGAGUUUACUCUUUGUGCCUUCUUGCCUUUUAUUCGUAAUUGGGGCUGUAGUGCAUGCAGCCAAAGUGUUAUUCAAAACUUAACCUUUCUCUCAGGGGAACUUAUUUUUCUUCCCUUUAUCUUUCUCCAUCUCUCUCUUUUUUCCAUUUCUCUCAGUUGGAUUUGAUUUAAUUAAGGUUAUAAAACCAUAAUGGUUACCCAAACUGCUUUGAAAAUCUGCAACUCCACCUGUCUCCCAAAGGCUUUGUUCAAGCUGAACUUGAGAACAGAGGAGUUUACACAGCUCGGCAAUCCUCUUGCUUGUCACUGCCUCUGUUGACCCUUAAUGUAAGAUCUCCAUAUACAUCAACCUGAAACAGCCAGUCUGAUCUGAACUUUGCUAUAUGUCAGAAAUUUCUGUGGCAUUGUAAAUUUAUUGCAGCAUGACUUAACGCCAUGAACAAAUGACAGAACAAGUCCUGUAUUUUGAAUACAUUUAUGUGCAUACUGUUGGGUCAUUUUCUGCACCUGCCCAAAUUUCUUAGCUUCAGGAUUUCCAUUAUGAUGGAUGACAUUUCUCUGUAAUCUUUGAGUCGUGUCAUUGCUUUCAACAAUCAUGAAUUCUUGGCUUGUUUUUGUGUUCCUUUCCAAAGGGCAGAAUGUGGAAAUAAUCCUUGAGAGAUGGAUAAACCUGUGAGGCAAGUAUAAACCCUUCAGGUUGAUGCAACCAUAGAGAUAAUUGUCAGCUGACAGCAAGCAGUUCACUCCUCAUGGUGAAGUGAUCACACCAUUAGAGCCCUGUGAGGGGAAUCUAGGAUGAAUUCCAUGAUAGGAGUGCUCAAUAUUUUUCACUGUGUAUAGUUUUCAGAGAAAUAACAAGUGCUUUCAUUUACCACACAGUACCUUUCAAAUGAAUUAUAUUUUGCAACACUGAUCAAAUCUCUCUGCAUCCUUUGAAAUUUGAGGGCAAUAUUUAUGUUGUGCUACUUUACACAUGCAGUGCAUUUUCUUGUAUGUUUGUUAUUCAGUUUUCACUGUUUAGUUUGUGUCGGGAAGAACAAAGGCAAUGGAGCAAACUCUUGACUUUGAGGAGAUUGGUUUUCAGGUGUGUUGGGGUGUGGGGGGGGGGAGAGAUGUUCAGCAAAAACAGCCAUCACAGCCUUUAAUGGUUUUCCUGUUACAUUGUAUUGAUUUUCACACACAGGUUUAUAAGGGGUCAUUGUAACAGGACUGAAAUUGAUAGAUGGUAUGACUUUCGGAAUUGUAAGUUUAUAUGUGAACUAGUGAAUUGUAAGCCAAAAUAGUUAAAAUUAAUGGUUUAAUUCUAUUGUGUCAUUUAUUGCCUUAAUACAACAAUGUCAUGGAUAUUCUUGGAUGAUCUUGACUUAACUGAUAUGUGUCAUACAAAAUGGGUCCUAAUUUCCUUUGGAGAAUUGUCCUGUACUAAUUCACAAUUCAGUGAGCGUUUAGGUUCAGCCUUGCAUCAGUACUCUCCAUCACUCCCACCUAAAUGGGCUGUUAUCAUUCUUGAUUCCAAGGAUAUCCCAAAAUAGAAGUUGUGCUUCUGACUCGCAAGUGAAGACAUUGAGUUCUAAUUGAACUUUUACUUGAGGGAUUUUCAGUAGGUUGAUUUGUUGUAAACCCAUUGGUUGUGAGGAAGAAGCUAGUUCCCUCGCUCAAAUUUCUGCUGCAAAAUAUUUUAGAUUUUUGCAUGAAACAGUACAAUUUUACUUUUAAGAACCUCAAAGAGCAAAAAGGGAACAAACGGCUAUUUUUCUCAUUACUCAUUGUCCUCAACGUUGGAACAUUAGGCUGCCAUUCAGUAAGAUUAUGGCUGAUCUGUAUCCUAACUCCAUUCACUUGCCUUGGUUUAUGUCCCUUAAUGGCAUUGGUCAGCAAAAAUCUAGCGAUAUUAGAUUUAAAAUGAUUUUUUAAGAUGCAGUCAACUGCUUCAUGUUGGAAGAGAUUUCCAGACUACUACCACCUUUAGUGCAAAAAUCUGUUUUAUAACUUCUGAAAAGUUUUAAGAAGAGUCAUAGUGAACUCAAAACAUUAACUCCCUCUUUCUCCUGAAUUGCCUGGCUCUGAUUUUAAAGUUAUGUCCUUUGAUCUAGACUCGGCCUAUCAGCACAAAAUAAGUACACUAUCUACCCUUGCAAUCUCUUGUAAAAUCAUCCCUUACCUUUCAGUAUUCCGAUUUCAUGUAAUUUCUUCCCAUAAUUUAACCCUGAGUGUUUUGGGUGCCUGUACAGUUCCAAGAUUAAUAUAUCCUAUUUAAGGCAGAAUGUCUGAAACUGCACACAUACUAAAGUGUGGGUCUUUGUAUACCUCAAGCAAAGUUUCAUCCACUUUAUAUCCUACGUUGCUGAAUAUAAAGGCAGCAUUCCAUUAGCCUUUCUAAUUUUCUUUUGUAUCUGUUGUUUAUAUUGUAGAGGCCUGUGUAUGUGGAUCUCUUAAAUUUCUUUGGACUCACACUGGCUGUAGCUUUCAUUAAAUAAUAUUGAAGUAUUUCAACAUAACCUAUAUAGCAUUAAUCUACAUUUUGCACUCUCCUGUAACAGCAGUACCUGAACUGCAACCUCUUAAUGUUGCCAAUAUCUAAAUGACUUGUACGGAGAUUGCGUGUUUUCACUUGUGCAUCUCAUUUGCUGAUCUGUUUUAAUUUUUUGGAGUUUGGAAUUGAAUAUUUGAAUGUUCCUCACUGCUGGAUAAAUCCUUAGUUGCUCACAUGUACACAAAUGACUGGGAACAGAGAUUAAAACCUUAUGUGGUGCCCCCAGGAGUCAUGACCAACAAGGACUGCAAGUUUGAGCAUUCCUGUUGUACAAGUAUUUGACUCUGCAACUUUACCGCGAAAGCUAUUCCACUCGCUGAGUUCAGAGGUUUUCUUCCUUACCAGCUUGAACAUUGUUUAAUUGAUCAUUGCUGCUCAGCUUCUGAGUGAGGAGCAUGAACUAAUUAUGAGUUAUUGUUACUAUGUGUACAGCAGCACUCAAAGUGGAAACUCUCUUUAUUGUAUAGUACUUAGAUUUCUUUGAUCCAAAAAGAAAAUGCUGAACUUAAUACUCCAUAAGAAGCAAAUCUGGAAUUGAGUGUACAUCAGCCACCCAAAUGAUGAGGGAAAAUUUGUGAUAUCAUAACCCAUCAUGUAAACAAUUGAAUUGUAUGGGCUUUUCAGGAGGAAGGGAUAAACCUUGUUUUAUUUCAUGGUAACUAAUAGUCCCAAUUUGGCCUCACUAACAAUACUGGCUAAUGUACAUUGGUAGGCAUAGAUCAUAUUAUUAGUUGACACUUCAUUGCACGCAUGGGCCGUUAUGUAUAUCUCAGACAAGUGGUUUUUUGGUUUUGAUCCUGUUCCUGCAUCAACCCUGAUUUCCAGAACAAUGAGUUGCAGCCUAGAAUGGCAUAUGAAUGUGGAAAAAUGUUACCUGACUACUUAGGAGAAUAAAACAUUGGUCACAGAAUUGAGGAGUAAAACUCCUUCCCAUUGUGUGCUCUCCUUCUAUAAGCUGACAGUAAUGUUUUUGCAGUCCUUUGGAUCAUUUGAGCAAUAAUGUGACUGAGUCGACAUGUAUUGUUGGGAAAUUGCAUGUGGUCAUCUCAGGCUAUACUUCCCGAUGUUGUAAAGGUGAAAACAAACAAGGGGGAAAACAUGAGUUUGAUUAGACGAGCUGACAUUAAACUAAGAUGAAUGUGUUCAGGCUUAGAAUUGAACACUAUACUGGUAACAAAAGUGUGUUAGACCUUAGAGUUCCACAGCACAAAUAAACUAGUCAUUUUGGUUUUAUCAGCAGGUUUCUCCCCAACAUAUAGACUCAUCACCCUCAUACUUCCAACCAAAUUACUGAAAACCAAGAAUUUGAUUCAGCAACACUGAAGGAAUGGUGAUAUAUUUCCAAACGAACUUGUAUGUGGUGAUGAGCUUUUACAUCUCUUGGUCUUGUCCAUCAAAGUUAUGGUGGUCAUUGCUUUGGAAGGUGCAGAAAGUUUAGCUAGAUGUUGCAAUGAAUCUUGUAUUUAGUUAUAUUGCUGCUACUGUAUUGAGGAGAAAGCGAAUAUUUAAGUUAAUGAAUGGUAUGCUAAUCAAUAUUUUGUCCUGGAUAGUAUUGCUCUUCUUGAAUAUUGUUGGAGAUGUACUCAUUCAGGGAAGUAUGGAGUAUUCUUUGCACUCCUGCCAUAUCUAUAGAUAGCACCAGGCUUUGAGGAGUCAGGAGGUGAAUUACUGGUCAGAGAUUCCCAGCCUCUGACCUGUUCUUGUAACCAUAUAUUUGUAUGGCUAGUUCAGUUUCUGGUCAGUGGUAACCCAGUGUCCAGGCUGGUAAAUUCAGCAAUUUCUUGAACUUUAGGAGGAGACGAUUAGAUUCCCUGUUGUUGAAGGUGGUCAUUUCUGGUACUCGGGUACAAGAGCAAUUUAUCAGCUGAAGCCUUCAUGUUGUCCAGGUCUUGCUUCUUGCAGAUUCCUUCCUUCUCUGACGAGUUGCUGGUUUUGCUAAACAUUGCAUUCAGCAGUGAAUAUUCCCACUUCUGAACUUACAAUAGGUAGAAGUCUGUUGAUAAAGCAACUGAAGAUGGUUAAGCCUAGGGCACUACCCUGAAAAACUCCAGCGGAGAUGGCCUGGAGUUGAAAUAGUUGACUUCCAGCAACAGCAGCUGUUGUCUUUUGUGCUAGGUAUGAUUCCAAACAGUGGACAAUUUUCCCCAAAAUUCCCAUGGCUUCAAUUUUACUGAAUUUCUUGAUGUCACGUUGUUAAAUGUUGUCUGGACACACAUCAUAUUUGGAGUUCAGCUCUUUUAUUCACGUUUUGGCUAAGGUUGGAAUGAAAUCCAGUGUCAGAUGGCACUGGUAAAACAAAAACUGAGUGUCCGUUCACAGGUUAUUGCUUGAAUAUGUGCUGCCUGGGGGAACAGUCAACAAUAUCUUCUGUGCUGCUUUGCUAAUAAUCCCCAGUUUCCAGUAAUGGAUCUAUCUCUCCUCAUUCCAUCAAUAUGUCAGGCUGAUGCACUGUAACACUGCACAUUUUCCAGACCUAGACAUCGGAUUGUCAGCAAGGACCAACUUAGCCCUAAUCCUUGAUCACCUGUACUGUGUCUUGCAGCCAUUCCAACCCCAUAAAGACCCUGCUUCUCAACAUUUUUAUUUCCAAAUUCUCAUCCCACCUCAACUGAGGAUAGUCGCUAGUUGUCAAAUUAAGGUAACAAAAUAAAACAGUUUGAUAUAAAUAAUUUGGAUAUAAAGGGACUGUCUCUACAUGCCGCUCAAAAUAGGCUGAGAACAAAAUACUGGAGAAUGGCUUUUCCACUUUAUAGAUGUGUACGUGUGUGUGCCACCAUUUAUUCCUCAACCAACAUUUCUGAAACAGAUUGUCUGGUCAUUAACACAUUGACCUUUGUGGAGACUUGCUAUGCAACCCACAACAAGUGGACUGCAGUGAUUCAAGAGGGCAGCUCAUCACCACCUUCUCAAGGGCUAUCAAUGAUGGCCAGCCAGCAACGCCCAAGUCUCACAAAUGAAUUUGAAAAAAAUACAAAUAGGCUAUUAUCUUCCCUAUUUUACUACAGUGACUACACGUCCUUCAUUGGCUGUAAAGUGCUUUGAGAUUAGGGUGCUAAAUAAAUACCAGGUUUUUAAAAAUGUCUAUUCUGUGUGCAUGCAUCUAUUUGUCUACAUGGUAUUUUCUUCAUCAUGUUUCCUUCAGGAUUAAAGGUUGAUAAUACAGCUUUUGAUGCCAGUGAGAUUUAGAGCUCUGCUUUUGACAAGUGUGCUCAUUGUGACCAGCGAUUUUCCAACUCCAAAACUGGCCACUGCUAGAGGGUGUUAGAGUAAAUCUAUUAUGCUAACAUGUAACUCGUGCCCAGAGUUUAAGUAUUUGAAGUGUGUUUGCCUUAACACCUGCAAUAACUAUAUGGGUGAGUACUUGACAAUCGUUAAGAAACUGCUAAGCCUUUAGUUCUUGUAAUUUAUUACAAGUUGAGAUUGUAGUAGAUUCAUGGAGCAAAUAUACUGCUUAAUCGCAAAGUAUGGUAUAGAUCAGGGAAGCAAUUCAAACCAUCUAACCGAUCAUCCCAAAGAACGUCUAAGACCAAUUGCCAUAGCGAUCAACUGCUUUUUGAACUAUUCCUCCAUGACAUUGUGCUUAUUCCAGAAGUUUAUCUUCAUGAGUGGUUUCUAAACAGAAUCUAGAUAUAGUAGCCAUUUUGAACCUCUUCACCUGUCCAUAUGCUUGUGCCAUUUUGCUCAAUAGGGCAGUGUGAUCUUUAUUUUAUUUGCACUUGGAAUUAACAGUGACAAAAUGGUACAGAACAAAACUCUUCCAGCAACAUGCUUUGAAGAUGAUGCUGGAAUGCAGAAACCUGGAUUAAUUAAAUAAAGUUCAGGCUGGGUCUGUAUCAAAAACACAUUUUCUUGUCUUCACUUCCCACCCAGGCUAAGGGACAAGGGAUGUAUUGUUUUCUCAACAAUGCAUGUCAUCCGGACCCCAGUCAUCGUGUUUUAUUCUAGAAAACACCAGGAGGUGGGAACAAAAUAUCUAAUGUUUGUCUGCCAAAGUCCAGACUUGCCAGUUGUUAUUUUAAAGAUGUUUCAAACAACAGGAUGGACUUUUAAAUCAGUCUGUGAAAUACCCCACUGUUUGCAAGAGGUGCUGCUUGAAGCUAACACUGGUAUGUGCCAAGGAUUUGAGAUAGAACCAACAAAACAGUGGGAUUUCUCCCUAUCAGGUCCAUUUGGUCUCAUUCCUUUGUUCAUUUCCAGCUGUCCUUUAAACUCGUGUUUUCCAUUUUUUUAAUCAAUUUAUUUUGUAAAGGGUGUUACCAGUUCUGUUUCCACUACUGUUUUUGGAAGGACAAUCUAUUUCGUAAGAGUCUUUGAAUUAAAAUCACUUUCUAAACUUUUCUCAUUGUCCUUUUGGUGAGUGCCUAGUUGCCAAUUUACCAGCCUAGGGCAAGUGUCUUUUUUUUUCCUUAAUGAUCUGAUCAAGCUUCUCGUUUAGAGCACAGCUCUCUGCUCCCCCCUCAACCUUGCAGGUGCAAUGCUAACUGCCCCUUCUGCUGAGUUUAAUAUUCUCAAGAAUGUGAAUUUAAGCAGAUUUCAUCUUGCCCCUGUGCACUGAUGAGUUGAUUCUUUGUUCAUUUAGUCCAGGAAUAUUGAUAUUGCUCCGAUGUUGUUCUGAACAUUAAUGCAAGUCAUUGUUGAUUUGACAGUAGUUUGAUUGAAAUAUUGCGAAUAUUCAGAACAUAUCAAAGUAUUGUUCUUAGCACAUAUUCUGAGAUGAGCAACAUGACAAACCUGACCCACAAAUUAGUUUAGCUGAUGUCUUUCUACAAGCAAAACAAUUUGCCGAAUACUUCCUGUAUUCUCAAAGACCAUGCUCCUUUAACUGUGGAAUUUGGAAAUUCCUAUUCAGAUCAGGUUGUUUGUUGAUAACUAUGUUGUGACAUCAUCCACAAUUGGUGUAUUUUUUAUAUUUUAUGUUCAACUGUUCACUUGAUUCACAAGGAACAAAAUUUACUCUUGCACUGUUAGAUUUGUACUGAAUUGUUGGUGCAAUGAUUGCCCAAACAUGAAAUGAGACCAAUUGUGGUGUAGAAGUAUAGCAGGGCUCAAAGACUUAGUACUGAUGUGGUACUGACACAGCAGUUUUGUUCCAAUCUGUAGCAUUCCCACAGAGCCCUCUGCAGUUAACCCCCUUACUGGGUGUGAACCACCAAACCCCAGUAAUCUUGUUCACUGCAGCAGUUGAAUGCUCACUUUUUUUCUUUUGAUACUGUGGCCAAAUUUCAGCAAAAGUUGUCAAGUUAUUGGGACCACCAUAGGUAUAAUGUUUCCAAAUCAUUGGAAAAGUUGUGUUACAGGACACAGUGGCUGAGACACGGGCCUAUUACUAGUCAACUGUAGUUAAAACAACCUGCCCAUAAUAAGUUAAAGUGCUUUAAAAAUAUUUAUUGUAACUCAACUGACAAAAUUAUGCUUUGUGAAGAUUGUUAUUACAUUACGUAUAUUGUUAAUUCCUGUUCUUUUCCAGUGCUGUUCAAGUAAUGUACUAUUUAUUAUUUUUUUAAGUCAAUAAACCAUUUUAUUUCACUACAA